AGCACUAUCUCCUGCUCUCCCAAGCAAAGGCGACGAGCGAGCGAGCGAGCGAGCGAGCGAACUCCACUUCUUGUCCUCUUCUCCUUCCCUUUUGCUUCGUGCGUCGUACCCGAGCCCGAGAGAGCUAGGGUUUCGGAUUGAGGAGGGGGAGGAGGAGGAGGAGGAGGAGGAGGACGCCAUGGUCGGAGAUCUCGCAGAGGAGGACGCCUCUCCCCGCAGCGGCGGCGGCGGCGGCGGCGGCGGGGGCGGCGGUGGGGGGUGGUGGGCGGAGGAGAUGGACGGACGCGGAUGCAGCAGCGCGGAGGAGGAGGCGGAGCUAGUGAGGCGCCACCACCGCCACGAGGUGGCGGAGAACCAGUGCUCCUCCCACCUCGUCAAGCACAUCAAGGCCCCCAUCCACCUCGUGUGGUCGCUGGUGCGGAGCUUCGAUCAGCCGCAGAGGUACAAGCCGUUCGUGAGCCGGUGCGUGGUGAGGGGGGAGGGGGAGCUCGAGAUCGGGCGCGUGCGCGUGGUGAACGUGAAAUCGGGGCUCCCCGCGACGACGAGCAUGGAGCGGCUUGAGCUCCUCGACGACGACGAACACGUCCUCAGCAUCAAGAUCGUCGGCGGCGAUCACCGCCUUAGGAACUAUUCUUCGAUCAUCACCGUCCAUCCGGAGAUCAUCGACGGGCGGCCGGGGACCCUGGUGAUCGAGUCCUUCGUGGUUGAUGUGCCCGACGGUAACACCAAGGACGAGACCUGCUACUUCGUAGAGGCCCUCAUCAAAUGCAACCUCAAAUCCUUGGCCGGCGUUUCUGAGCGGCUCGCGGUGCAGGAUGCCACAGAACCUCUCUAUUAGAACCUCGGCUCUCGGCCGCAAUAAUGACUAUUGAGGUUGUUUAUAGACGAAGAUGGUUACGACCGAAGCCGCGAGGGGCUUUGAGAUUCUUCGCGCCAACUGCAUUAUGUCAUCUUGUAGUGUUUUGCUAUGAUUUUGUAGCAUUGAACUCGGAAAAUAUUGGGUGGCAAUGGAAUAUAAGUAAAAACACCAUUGCCUUAUCUUAUUAGCUUUCCCUGCCCUAUGCCUUGACUAGAAGUUUCUGUAUUUAGAUGUAACUCCCCUCUGACCAAAGGGUUUAAAAUCCCAUUUGUGUUGCUUGUGUGCAUAAUCAUGUCUCUGGUGUUGAACAGUGGUGAUUAUUCAAUAUAACCAGAAAUAGUAUAGGUACAUCUUAAACGCCA